CAACCCCCUGCCAUGUUCCCUCCAUUUAUGGCAUCACACUAAGGGGCAAAUCAGAAUGACUUGUUCAAAUAGUGGAAUAACAGCGCAUCAAAAAGUGAAACACUGAGGAGUAUAACCACUACGGAAUCUAACGGCACCAGAAGGACACCAAAGGAACUGUGAAGAGUCUGAUCAGUGGACAUGGAGAAACAGUCUGGGUUUUGGUUCCUGACAGUGGGGCUUUUGGCGGUGCUGAACUCUGCUCUGGCCGAAGAUAAAUACGUUGUGGUUGGUGGUAACGUAGACCUGAGGCCUCCUUUCACUGGAGUUAUCACCGACAUCCUGUGGAAACACAAUGGUAAUCUGCUGGCUGAGUGGGCGAAGGGUGAAGCUGAGUUGACUUACUUCAUCCCGUUUCAAGGCCACACAACCCUGAACAUAACCACUGGACGUUUGGAAGUCAGAAACAUGACUUUCGCUCACCAAGGUCUGUACACAGUGGACAUCAACAACAAGGUCCAGGAUCAGCGUUAUGAUGUUAAAGUGAUAGAGGAAGUUCCCAAACCUUUCAUAUUGAGCAGACCACUGACAUGUUCCUCUGCUUCUACCAACUGCACGCUGACCUGUGGUGAAGAAACUAAAGAGGCUCAACCUGUCACCUACAGCUGGAAGAGGGACAACGAGGAGUGGCAGCAGUCGAUGAAGGACGUGCUCAUCAUCAAGACUGAGAUUUCACAUGUUAAAACAUUCACCUGCCGGAUGAAGAACCCAGUCAGUGAGAAAGAAAGUGAACCCAAAGACAAUCCGUUGUUCUAACCGAAGGAGCCUGAUGACUCUUGGUGGGUUGUUUUGCCUCGUUUGUUUGACUUAUCAGUUAUACUCUGCAAGAUACCUUUUAAUAGUCUGAUUAUGAACUGGGUCUCUUGCCCAAAAUUAUAAACCCGAUAGAGUGAAGUAGAUGGGUUGAUAAACGUAUGAUAAAGCAACAGCUCUGAGAACAGUUAUGUAAUUUUGUUUGCAUUGUCAGUGUUUUUAUUCUGCAUCCACCUCGCUGAUAAAAUGCUGUCCUCAAACAACAAAUAAUAAAAUCUGCUUACUGA